AUCAAUACAUUUUGAUCAUACACGAUAUUUGAGAUGUGUGUCCAUAGCUGCGUUGUUGGAGCCUCGAAUCUUCUGGUGUUUAUAUCCAGAGGGCAAUUCUUGAAUCGGAGAAGAGAGUCAAUGGAGUUUUACACGUACCCAUCUUCGUCUUCAGCUCUCUCUUCGUUUUCAUUUGACAAUCUAGUUGCAAAGGCCAAACAAUUCUUCACCUUUGCUGUGUCUUCUUUCAUCGGCAAUGUCUUCUCUGCCAUCUUUACCUUUUUCUUCGCUCUAGUGGGUACCUUAUUAGGAGCAAUGACUGGAGCUUUAAUAGGCCAAGAGACAGAGAGCGGGUUUAUAAGAGGUGCAGCUGUAGGUGCUAUCUCUGGAGCUGUUUUUUCUCUUGAAGUCUUUGAGUCAUCUUUGCUGUUGUGGCAGUAUGAUGAAUCCGGGAUUGGGUGUCUCCUAUACUUGAUUGAUGUGAUUGCAAGCCUUUUGAGUGGUAGGCUUGUUCGUGAGCGUAUUGGUCCGGCAAUGCUGAGUGCUGUCCAAAGUCAGAUGGGAGCCAUUGAAGCUGCAUACGACGAAGCAUCUAACAUUUUUUACCUAGGUGGUUCAAAGGGCUUACCCGGAGAUUCCGUUGAAAGGAUUCCAAAAAUAGUAAUAAAUUGUGAUAUCAAUAUUGAUGCUUCCGGGGAGAGAGUCUCGUGUUCAGUAUGUCUACAGGACUUUCAGCUCGGCGAGACCAUCAGAAGUUUGCCGCAGUGCCAUCACAUGUUUCACCUACCAUGCAUUGAUACAUGGCUGUUGAGGCACGGCUCUUGUCCCUUAUGUCGAAGGGAUAUGUAGGCCCGUGCAUGAUGCAUAAUCUCUGUAAAUCACAGUAUAUAGUAAGUUUCUCAACUACUGUUGCCAAAUUCUUGAGUCUGUGAACCUUUUUGGAUGUCGUUGUGCUUGACCUCAUCUGCCCUGCAAAAAAAAAGAGAAGGUUCAUAG